AUGAUCUAUCUAUCUAUCUAUCUAUCUAUCUAUCUAUCUAUCUAUCUAUCUAUCUAUAUUUGUAGUGACCAUUUAUCUAUCAACUUUGCGUAUAAGUUGUGGCAUCUCAUUCUGUUUCUAUCUAUCUAUCUAUCUAUCUAUCUAUCUAUCUAUCUAUCUAUCUAUCUAGCUAUCUAUCUAUCUAUGUCUUUCAGUUCUUAUCUAUCUAUCUAUCUAUCUCAGUUUGUUUAUUAUCUAUCUCAAUUUGUUUAUCUAUCUAUCUAUCUAUCUAUCUAUCUAUCUAUCUAUCUAUGUCUGUCAUUCCUAUCCUAUCUAUCUAUCUAUCUAUCUAUCUAUCUAUCUAUCUAUCUAUCUAUCACGCUUUCUGUUUCGAUUACAUUUUGUUUGCAUAUUUAUGCACACCUUUUCUCUUCUCUCCAUUCUCCUGUCCUUGCCUCUCUUCUCUUCUCUCCAUUCUCCUGUCCUUGCCUCUCUUGGUUCCUUAUAUUUCCGUUCUACCAUCUUACGUUCCUCCCGGGAUGUUUUUUUUUCCCUGGGCCUUUAAAUUUCUCUUCUUUCUCGUCGUCCCUUUUUCUUCAUCCUCCCCACUCCCCACGCCUUCUUUCUACGUUCUUCGCGUCGGUCUCAACUUCCCGCCGGAUGAGCUCCAUCUUUUUUAAUCAGCCAAUUGCUCAUCCGAUCAUUCACCCCCUCAGACCGCGCGGUUUCACAGCUCGUAAAUAA